AUGACCAAAUUUAUUGAAACCAGAGGUAUACCAGACCGGAUUAUUUCAGAUCGGGGGUCCUGCUUUACCUCACGACCAUUUGAGCAGUUCUGUGCAGUACACAACAUAGAACACAUACUCAAUUCCACCAGGCACCCACAAGCAAACGGGCAAGUGGAACGUGCUAACCGAACCAUAGUUACGCUGCUCAGUAUGUCCACAGAAGACCAACGGCGUUGGGACGCUAAGGUAAACGAGGUUGAACGCAUGCUGAACUCAGCAGAGAAUAAAACCACAAAGAAGACGCCAUUUGCAGCCUUACACGGUUAUCAACCACGUUUCCACCAAGGGAUACUAGGCUCAUUAUCCCAGAACAAGAAUGACUGGAGGGAACCAACGGAGGUGCAAGGCGAAGCAAGCGACAAUAUACGGGAGGGACAAAAAGCAAUGGUUCAAGUAUUUAACCGCAAACACAUUCCAGGUGUUAGCCUGGACUUGGGCGAAAUGGUAGUGAUGCUGAAGGCACCAACCACAGGACAGCCUACCAAACUGCAAGCAAAAUACAGAGAAAAGCCAUUACAAGUCAUACAAAAGUUACCAGGAGAUACGUAUCGAGUGGCCGAGGUAACUCCUGAAGGCCAAACCUCAUAUGCUACCACAGCACAUAUUUCACAACUCAAAUCCUGGAAGAUCCUUGAUCAAGAAGAUGAGACAGAUGAACUCAGCGUUCCAGACAGCUUCGAGGGGACUCCUACUGGUGAUGGUGAAGCAGGGGAGAGACCAACCAUCGAUGACCAAGAAGGAAGUAAGAUACCAGAACCAAUAACACCAGCAACAGAGAAUCCAGUUGUGGUUAGGGGCCAGCGGGAGAGAAAGGCACCGGGGUACUUGAGAGAUUAUGUGGCUAAGUAA